AUGUCGAACAAUCUGAUCACCAUUGUCCCUGUCCUCGAUGGCUCGAACUGGCCUACCUGGUCCAAGCAGAUGAUGGCGUACCUUAUGUCCCAAGGCCUCUGGGGAAUAGUGAUGCCGCAGUCCGGUUCCCGAACCUGGGAGAACCGGUUCGAUCCUCGGACCGGAUCCAGGGACUCUACCGCUGCUGACGCCUGGAAGGAAAAAGAUGUCAGGGCUAUGGGUACGAUCCGUCUGCGCUGCUCUCCCGCCCUGCGGGGGGCCUUAUUGACGAAGAUUCCAGUGGAUCAGCACCCUGCUCCAGCGUUCGCGAAGAUAUCCAAACAUUUCAACACUCUGGAAGCGGCCAAGGUCAAGAUUCCCACGCUUAUUCAAAGUCUAAUUUGCCUUUAUGCGCUCCCCAGCCGCUACGAGAACAUUGCGCAGAUGCUGGUCCAAGCUACCUCUGCUGACAACAUGAGUAUAGGUACAGUACAGGAAGCAGUUACCACUACUUGGGACCAG